AAAAAAAAGAAGCAAAUAGUCUUUACACAAAACCCAAGCCGGCAACCCGGAGUAGUAAUAUAUAUGACGUCGAUUUGAGCAACUUACUACUUUCUCACUGUGAAACCCGGCGACGACUGUUGAAAUUGAUCAGAUUCCGAUUCUCUGUAGCGGUGAGGAUUGAGGAACAAUCAACGAUGGCGUCAGAUCCGAAAUCUCACAUAUUUGAGGAGGUCGCCAAGCAUAAUAAGACUAAGGACUGUUGGCUGAUUAUCAGCGGCAAGGUUUAUGAUGUUACCCCUUUCAUGGAAGAUCAUCCUGGAGGUGAUGAGGUUCUGCUAUCAGCCACUGGAAAAGAUGCAACCAAUGACUUUGAAGAUGUUGGGCACAGCGAUUCUGCUCGGGAGAUGAUGGAUAAGUACUACAUUGGGGAGAUAGAUAUGGCAACAGUGCCCCUAAAACGAAGCUACGUUGCUCCACAACAACCAUCAUACAAUCCAGACAAGACUCCAGAGUUUGUGAUUAAGAUCUUGCAGUUUCUUGUGCCUCUCCUGAUAUUGGGAUUGGCAUUUGCUGUCCGACUCUACACCAAAGAGAAAUGAGAGCCUAGAAUUUACGUAGUACAUUGUUACUGUUAGUUAUUUUCCUUAUUGAUCGUCUCCCUUCUAGGCUCGUAAACAUGUUGUUACUGGACUCUCGACUAGAUUAUCUAGUUUGCCUGCUCUAUGUUGUAGGCUUUGUUGUUUUGUGUUCUUUGCGGAACACGGUUGUGGAAA